AUGGACUCGAAAAUGAUAACCCCCCAAACUGAGAAAACCGUCGCCUCGACCGAGGAAAAUACCCGAGUAACCAUUCAAACAUUGUUCCAGUUUCUGCACGCACAGGGUCAGGGUGACUAUCUCGGCGAGCAAGUCACCCAACUAGAGCACUCGCUACAGUGUGCAUAUCUUGCUACACAGUCCCCCGAACACGGAAAUGACCCCGAGGUCAUCCUGGCUGCACUUUUGCACGAUGUUGGACGCUUCAUCCCUGCGGCGGAGAAGAUGGAGAAAAUGAUCACUCCCGACGGCCAGUAUAUUGGAAGACAAAGCCAUGAAGCUCUGGGAGAAGCUUACCUGCGCCAGAUUGGUUUCAGUGAGAAGGUGUGCAAGUUGGUUGGCGCGCAUGUGAUGGCAAAGCGCUAUUUGGUCGCGACAGAUCAAAGCUAUUAUGACGCACUGAGUGAGACCAGUAAGCGGACAUUGAAAUUCCAGGGCGGUGGAUACAAUUCCGAGCAGAUCCUGGAGGCGCAACAGGAUCCCUUGCUCGAGGCAAAACUUUCUGUUAGACGAUGGGAUGAUCUCGCGAAAAAGCCGAAUUUGAAAGUUCCUCUCUUGGAGGCCUAUGAGGAACUUGCCUAUCAAUGUCUUCUUGACUCCCGGUCGAAAGAUUUUCUACAUUAG